AUGACUCGAAUGCUGUACAUUCUCACAUUUCUAUUACAAUCAACGAUUUAUAAUUGCGAACCAUUUACGAAUUAUCCGGUGCCGCCAACUGAGUCAUCGCUUGAGGAAAACAAAUACUUCCCUUUACCGCUAACAACCAUACCACCAGCAAAUCCGAUUGAAGCUGAUGAGAACCCUGAACAAUGUACAUCUGAUAAAACAAUCAUCGAGAAGUUGUUAUUGAACUACAAAUCAUUUCGGACUCCAUCAGAAGCCGGAGUCAUUGUUUGGAUUGAGGUAUGGGUUCAAGAAGUCAAUUCCGUCAAUGAAAUAACCAGCGAUUUCGACAUGGAUAUCUACAUCACCGAACUUUGGAUGGACGCUGCUUUGCGAUACGAGCAUUUGAAUCCUUGCAAAUACAAUCUAUCUCUAAAUUCCGAAAUUCUUGAUCAAAUUUGGAAGCCGAAUACUGUUUUCAUCAAUAGCAAGUCGGCCAAUAUUCACAAGUCCCCAUUCAAGAAUGUUUUUCUCAUGAUAUAUCCGAAUGGAACGGUUUGGGUGAAUUAUAGAGUUCAAGUGAAAGGACCAUGCUCAAUGGAUUUCAGUGCUUUUCCAAUGGAUCAACAGUCUUGUCACCUGACUUUAGAAUCCUUCAGUUAUAAUAAUCAGGAAGUGGAUAUGCAAUGGAUGAAUUGGACGGUUCCUUUGUCGCUUCUCAAAAAGGAAAUUGUGCUUCCUGACUUUAUUCUUUCUAAUUAUUCUACAUCCUUGAAGCAUGAAGUAAUUUAUCCUGCUGGUGUUUGGAAUGAGCUCACAAUGACCUUUGUAUUUAGCCGACGUUAUGGAUGGUACAUUUUUCAAGCAUAUAUUCCCACAUAUCUAACUAUUUUCAUAAGUUGGAUCAGUUUUUGCUUGGGACCAAAAAUGAUACCGGCCAGAACAAUGUUGGGGGUAAAUUCAUUGUUAGCAUUAACAUUUCAAUUCGGAAACAUCAUGAGAAAUCUUCCACGUGUUAGCUAUGUGAAAGCAUUAGAUGUCUGGAUGCUUGUCUGUCUAACCUUCGUAUUUUGUUCCUUAUUAGAGCUCGCUAUUAUUGGUUCAAUGGGAGCGAGAUCGGAAAAAAAUCAGCAAGGUGAAGAGAGCCCUAAGCCUCCGACAGCAGGAAAUGACAAUCACACCUGCACAGCACACUCGCUUACCCCAUUAUCGUGCCCUAAUUCACCUCGCAUAUGCAGAAACCAUGUUCCUAACGAAUUGCCCCAUGUCUAUAAAAGCUAUGGCUCAACAGAUCCAAGAAUGAGAAAAAGAUUAGUAAUUGCUUCGGGAAACUCAAUUACUCAUGCGCCAAGUAAUAGAGGAGAGAAAAUUCUUUUACUUGACGGAUUAGAGGAGACUCAGUUUUCUCAAGUUGAAACAAAGUUCAACUCUUUUACUUCUAUAAAACCGAAAAAGGUGUGGACCAUGGACGAAAUCGACAGACUUUCGAUGAUAGUGUUUCCUGGAUUAUUCACGAUGUUUAAUAUAGUCUAUUGGAGUUACUACCUCACGAUAAAUACUUGA